AUGGGGGGCCAUAUACGGUUAUGGAAUGAUUAUUUUAGCGAGAACCCGACUUACAAUCAAAGUAUGUUUUGCCGUCGCUUUAGAAUGAACAAACCGUUGUUCUUGCGCAUUGUUAGUAGUAUUGAGAAUGGAGUUCCGUACUUCACACAAAGACCAGAUGCAACUGGAAGGCUUGGUCUUUCAGCACUUCAAAAAUGUACGGCGGCUAUCCGUAUGUUGGCAUACGGAUGUGCGGCAGAUGCAUUGGAUGAAUAUCUACUAUCUCAGAAGACCUACAGCGGAAGACUCCAACAAUUAUUGAAUAUUGGAGAACAUCGCGGUUUCCCCGGAAUGGUAGGAAGCAUAGAUUGUAUGCAUUGGGAGUGGAAGAAUUGUCCUACGGCAUGGAAAGGACAAUAUGCACGUGGAUCUGGAAAACCGACAAUCGUCUUAGAAGCUGUGGCAUCACAAGAUUUAUGGAUUUGA